AUGGCUCUCCUAAAGCUAGGUGACCUUCUAGGUCAAGGGGACAACUGGAUCGCACUUCUCGGUCUGGCAACGAUUCUGGCUGGAGUCUACCUCUUAACUUCAUGGAAUCGGUUGAAACACAUUCCCGGUCCCGCGCUGGCUAAAGUGAGUGACUUGCCGCGACUGCUCUGGGUGUACUCGCGGCGAGCACACGAGAUCCAUGUCGACCUGCACCAGCAGCAUGGCAAACUCGUUCGCUUUGGACCAAAUAUGGUCUCGGUUGGAGACGCAACAGAGGUCAAGAAUCUGUACCGAAUGAGCGGGCCCCUGAUUAAGUCCAACUUUUACCACGUCAUCCUUCCAAUGUCAAAGGGCAAAGUCCUGCCUGGUGUCUUCGCCACACAAGACGAAAAUAUGCAUCGCAUGCUGAAGAAGCCAAUCGCCAGCACAUAUUCCAUGACCAACCUGGUGUCCUUCGAGUCGUUCGUCGAUUCAACGAUCCACUGCUUCUUUGAGCAGCUGGACAAACGCUUCGUGGAAACGGGCGAGACUUGUGACUGGGGCACUUGGCUGCAAUACUUUGCUUUCGAUGUCGUCGGCGAGAUCACUUUUUCGAAACGUCUUGGCUUCCUGGAGGCUGGCAAGGAUGUUGACGGAAUUAUGGGUGACAUCUGGCACUGGUUCGAGUACGUCGCAGUGAUCGGACAGAUGCCUUGGCUGGAUUGUAUCUGGACCAAGAACAAGCUGGUGUCGAUGCUGAAACCGGCGAAAUACUCGCCCAUGGUCGAUUUUGCCAUGGCCAGGCAAAAAGAGCGUCUGGAGAAGGAUGAGGUCGCUGAUGACGAUGUCAACGACAAGGACUUCCUGUCUCGGUUCAUUCAAGCAAUGAAGAAAGACUCGUCCAUCCCUCAAUGGGCGCUUCCUGCUUGGACUUCCUCCAACAUCCUCGCCGGCAGCGACACGACUGCUAUAUAUCUGCGGACGUUGUUCAAGAACCUCCUGACCGAGCCAAGAACACUAGCUGCCCUGCGCAAGGAGCUAGACGAGGCACAAUCCCGUGGCCAGUUGUCGAUGCCAGUCACAUGGAAAGAGAGUCGCGAGCUACCCUACCUAGAUGCCUGCAUCAAAGAAGCGGGCCGAGUCCAUCCACCAUUCGGCCUACCACUGGAGCGUAUCGUGCCGGAAGGCGGUCUCAGCAUCUCCGGCGAAUUUAUUCCUGCAGGGACCAUUGUUGGAAUGAACGGAUGGGUAGUCCACCGAGACAGAGACGUCUUUGGCGACGAUGCCGACCAAUGGCGACCUGAGCGAUGGCUCGAGGCCGAGGAGAGUACGAAAGCGAGGAUGGACCAGGGACUCUUAACUUUUGGAGGAGGACAUCGUUCCUGUCUGGGUAAGAACAUCUCGCUCCUGGAGCUGUACAAGUUGGUACCGACGAUCCUGCGAACAUACGAGCUCGAGCUCAUGGACGGCGAUCAGCCUUGGAGGGUGGAGAAUCGUUGGUUUGUCCCACAAUUUGGCUUCGAGGUGAAGCUGAGAAAGCGGCAAUAA